AUGGCCAAUAUAACUGCCGCCGGUGAUGGCAUCACUGGCGGCUAUAGGGGCAGCUCACUGGGUAUGCAAAUCACCAUCGCGACUCUCGCCGGCGUCACUUGGUAUAAUGCAUUCGAGCUUGUCACCCUUCUUUUCGUGACCUUUGCACAAUAUCGCGGUCUAUACUUCUGGAGUUUACUUAUUUCAUCGUCCCUUGGUCUAAUACCAUACUCUCUGGGCUUCCUAAUGAAGUUCUUCGACCUUACAUCCGCAACCUGGUUGCCUGUCACUUUGCUUACCAUCGGAUGGUGGUGCAUGGUAACUGGCCAAUCGAUUGUUUUAUACUCACGCCUUCAUUUGGUCAUAUCCAAUCAACGGGUCCUACGGCGCGUCUUGGCUAUGAUUGUGAUUGAUGCCAUCGCGCUGCAUAUCCCAACUACCGUCCUAACAUACGGUACCAAUCUGGCCGACCCCAACAGUCCCUAUAUUCGUGGUUAUAAUGUGAUGGAAAAAAUACAGAUGACUGGCUUCUGUCUUCAAGAGUUUGUUAUCUCGGGCUUGUACAUUUGGGAAACGGUGCGCAUGUUACGUCUCGAUCCGGAUCGCACCAAGCGCAAGAUCCAGUGGCAGCUUCUCAUUAUCAACACUAUCAUCAUCAUUCUGGACUUGGGGUUACUGGUUGCCGAAUACAUGAACUACUAUAUCAUGGAAACUAUGCUUAAGGGGUGCGUGUACAGCAUCAAGCUGAAGCUCGAGUUCGCCGUCCUGGGUAAACUCGUCCACCUUGUCCACAACCACAUCUGGAAACCUGAGUCCUUCUCCGGGCCCGAAAAUCUCCCCGACUUUGUCGAUGCAACGCGCGUUCCCUCCGAUGUCACUCACGCCGCUCCCACAUUAAACAUCCGGACUCCAGACUGGAUGGAUGCCGACGAUAUCUCCAUCGCUAUGUUUGAGCAUUGCCCACCUACCAAUUCCUCUGAUGCUUCUGGCGAAACCCACCCCGUACACCCCACCGAUUUUACGAAUCCUUUUGUUCGAUAUCAGCGACACUCUUCUCGGUUAUCUGAGAAGCCUCGGAAACCAGGGUAA